AUGACUAGUGUUUGCGGUUAUCAGCACUUCCAGAGGGCUGGCGGUCGAAAUGUGGAUCUGUUUGAGAGCCUAUACUUUGUUGUGGUGACGUUCGCCACAGUAGGUUAUGGCGACUAUAAGCCGGAUCGUUGGCCGUCACAACUAUUUAUGGUGAUCAUGAUAUGCGUGGCCUUAAUUGUGUUGCCCACACAGUUUGAACAGUUAGCCUACACUUGGAUGGAGAGACAAAAACUUGGUGGCAGUUACAGUAUACAUAGGGCGCAGACUGAGAAACAUGUGGUGGUUUGCAGUACGACAUUACGCUCGGACACUAUAAUGGACUUUCUUAAUGAGUUUUAUGCACACCCUUUACUACAAGAUUUUUAUGUGGUUUUGUUAUCCCCGUGCGAAUUGGACACCACUAUGAAAAUGAUACUACAAGUGCCGAUGUGGGCCCAGAGGGUCAUAUAUAUUCAGGGCUCAGCACUUAAAGAUACUGAUCUCACACGAGCCAGGAUGAAUGCUGCCGAGGCAUGUUUUAUAUUAGCGGCCAGAAAUUACAUUGAUAGAUCAGCCGCCGACGAGCACACAAUAUUGAGGUCGUGGGCUGUUCGUGAUUUUGCACCCAAUGUUCCACAAUAUAUACAAAUAUUUAGACCCGAAAAUAAAAUACACGUCGCUUUUGCAGAACAUGUGGUCUGUGAGGAUGAAUUCAAAUACGCUCUGUUGGCCAACAACUGCUUAUGUCCGGGCACUUCCACUUUGGUCACACUACUACUCCACACAUCCAGAGGACAAGAAGGGCAAACGUCUGACGAGGAAUGGCAUCGACUGUACGGCAAGUGCUCUGGUAAUGAGAUAUACCACAUACGGCUGGGCGACAGUAGGUUUUUCGGUGAAUACGAGGGCAAGAGUUUCACUUACGCUUCGUUUCAUUCGCACAGAAAGUGA